CUUACAGACUGCAUCGUGCAAAAGAAUGGCUGCUUCGCUGAGAUUUCGUGCAGCAUUAUUGCUGUCAGCAAUGGCUUUGCUUCUCACAGCAGUUUAUGCUGGAGAGCAAGUGACAACCUGUGAUUGGUAUGCUCUAAACAUCCAUCGCCUGCACUGUGAUCAUGGCGUGAUCAACGUGGAGCAGGCUUUGUAUGGUCGCUCAAGUUCACUGAUCUGCCAUGAGGGCAAAUCUCAUCAAGAACUGGCUAACGUACGGUGUGCUCAGCAAGGCACUUUCGACAAAAUUAAGACAAGAUGCAAUGGAAAGACGGUGUGUGAAGUGGGAAUCAAUGACUUGCGCAACCCCGAUCCAUGUCCUGGCACCUUCAAAUAUUUGCAAACAAACUUCACCUGCUUGCACGCAUUUACCAGUGUGGCGUGUGAACAGUCAGAAGCAUAUUUGUAUUGUGAUCCACAAACUGUCAUUUUCGUCUACGGUGCUGACUACGGACGCCGUGACCGAGUGACGUGUGCAAACAAAAGGCAGCUAAAAGCGAUUGAAAAUACAAACUGUCUGCACCCAACGGACAUUGUCGCCUCAAGGUGCAAUGGAAAACACAGCUGUAGGAUCGCAGCCACCAAUUAUUUGUUUGGAGACCCCUGUGUAGGCACCUACAAGUACUUGGAAGUUUCUUACACAUGUCACUCUCCAGGGAGUGAUCUCAAAAAUGGUUACUUUUAUGCUGGAGAGCAAGUGACAACCUGUGAUUGGUAUGCUCUAAACAUCCAUCGCCUGCACUGUGAUCAUGGCGUGAUCAACGUGGAGCAGGCUUUGUAUGGUCGCUCAAGUUCACUGAUCUGCCAUGAGGGCAAAUCUCAUCAAGAGCUGGCUAACGUACGGUGUGCUCAACAAGGCACUUUCGACAAAAUUAAGACAAGAUGCAAUGGAAAGACGGUGUGCGAAGUGGGCAUCAAUGAGUUGCGCAACCCCGAUCCAUGUCCUGGCACCUUCAAAUAUUUGCAAACAAACUUCACCUGCGUGUAUGCAUUUACUAGUGUGGCGUGUGAACAGUCGGAGGCGUAUUUGUAUUGUGAUCCACAAACUGUUAUUUUCGUCUAUGGUGCUGACUACGGACGCCGUGACCGAGUGACGUGCGCAAACAAAAGGCAGCUAAAAGCGAUUGAAAAUACAAACUGUCUGCACCCAACGGACAUUGUCGCCUCAAGGUGCAAUGGAAAACACAGCUGUAGGAUCGCAGCCACCAAUUAUUUGUUUGGAGACCCCUGUGUAGGCACCUACAAGUACUUGGAAGUUUCUUACACAUGUCACUCUCCAGGGAGUGAUCUCAAAAAUGGUUACUAAAUUUGCGGUUCCAGUACCUGCAUUUUUGAGUCCAUUGUGCAUUUGGACAUUUGC